GUUGCGCCGAGGUGGUUGCGUCUGCGCAGUGCAUCACCGCACGCGGGGCUCGCGGGUCCGGGAGCGCGGCGGAGACGAUGCCUGAGAUCAGAGUCACGCCCUUGGGGGCUGGCCAGGACGUGGGCCGAAGCUGCAUCCUGGUCUCCAUUGCCGGCAAGAAUGUCAUGCUGGACUGCGGAAUGCACAUGGGCUUCAAUGAUGACCGACGCUUCCCCGACUUCUCCUACAUCACCCAGAACGGCCGCCUGACAGACUUCCUGGACUGCGUGAUCAUUAGCCACUUCCACCUGGACCACUGCGGGGCACUCCCCUACUUCAGCGAGAUGGUGGGCUACGACGGGCCCAUCUACAUGACCCACCCCACCCAGGCCAUCUGCCCCAUCUUGCUGGAGGACUACCGCAAGAUCGCCGUUGACAAGAAGGGCGAGGCCAACUUCUUCACCUCCCAGAUGAUCAAAGACUGCAUGAAGAAGGUGGUGGCUGUCCACCUCCACCAGACGGUCCAGGUAGACGAUGAGCUGGAGAUCAAGGCCUACUAUGCAGGCCACGUGCUGGGGGCAGCCAUGUUCCAGAUUAAAGUGGGCUCAGAGUCUGUGGUGUACACGGGUGAUUAUAACAUGACCCCAGACCGACACUUGGGAGCUGCCUGGAUUGACAAGUGCCGCCCUAACCUGCUCAUCACAGAGUCCACGUAUGCCACGACCAUCCGUGACUCCAAGCGCUGCCGGGAGCGAGACUUCCUGAAGAAAGUCCAUGAGACCGUGGAGCGUGGUGGGAAGGUGCUGAUACCCGUGUUUGCGCUGGGCCGCGCCCAGGAGCUCUGCAUCCUUCUGGAGACCUUCUGGGAGCGCAUGAACCUGAAGGUGCCCAUCUACUUCUCCACGGGGCUGACCGAGAAGGCCAACCACUACUACAAGCUGUUCAUCCCCUGGACCAACCAGAAAAUCCGCAAGACUUUUGUGCAGAGGAACAUGUUCGAGUUCAAGCACAUCAAGGCCUUCGACCGGGCUUUUGCUGACAACCCAGGACCGAUGGUUGUGUUUGCCACGCCAGGAAUGCUGCACGCUGGGCAGUCCCUGCAGAUCUUCCGGAAAUGGGCCGGAAAUGAAAAGAACAUGGUCAUCAUGCCCGGCUACUGCGUGCAGGGCACCGUUGGCCACAAGAUCCUCAGCGGGCAGCGGAAGCUCGAGAUGGAGGGGCGGCAGGUGCUGGAGGUCAAGAUGCAGGUGGAGUACAUGUCAUUCAGCGCACACGCGGACGCCAAGGGCAUCAUGCAGCUGGUGGGCCAGGCAGAGCCAGAGAGCGUGCUGCUGGUGCAUGGCGAGGCCAAGAAGAUGGAGUUCCUGAAGCAGAAGAUUGAGCAGGAGCUCCGGGUCAGCUGCUACAUGCCGGCCAAUGGCGAGACGGUGACACUGCCCACAAGCCCCAGCAUCCCCGUAGGCAUCUCGCUGGGGCUGCUGAAGCGGGAGAUGGCGCAGGGGCUGCUCCCUGAGGCCAAGAAGCCUCGGCUCCUGCACGGCACCCUGAUCAUGAAGGACAGCAACUUCCGGCUGGUGUCCUCAGAGCAAGCCCUGAAAGAGCUGGGUCUGGCUGAGCACCAGCUGCGCUUCACCUGCCGCGUGCACCUGCAUGACACACGCAAGGAGCAGGAGACGGCGUUGCGCGUCUACAGCCACCUCAAGAGCGUCCUGAAGGACCACUGUGUGCAACACCUCCCGGACGGCUCUGUGACUGUGGAGUCCAUCCUCAUCCAGGCCGCCGCCCCUUCUGAGGACCCAGGCACCAAGGUGCUGCUGGUCUCCUGGACCUACCAGGACGAGGAGCUGGGGAGCUUCCUCACAUCUCUGCUGAAGAAGGGCCUUCCCCAGGCUCCCAGCUGAGGUCGGCAACUCACCCAGCCACCACCUCUGUCCUCUCCCAGCUGGACAGACCAGGGCCUGCACUUCAGGACUGUGGGUGCCCAGGGUGAACAGACCCCACUGGUCCCAUCCCUGGGGACAGAGGCCUUGUGUCACGUGCCUGCCCAGGCAGCUGUUUCCAGCUGAAGAAAUAAACUGGCCUCCGGGCUGUCUUGCUUUUAUUCCUGCUCCUGGGCCCCCAAAUGGUUAGGGCAGGCGGUCCCAGACAGCAUUUCCAGUAAAAGCUGAACAAAAGACUA